CUCUACAAAGAUGUGAUGCUGGAGACUUACAGGAACCUCACUGCUAUAGGAUACAGUUGGGAAGACCGUAAUGUUGAAGAACACCAUCAAAGUUCUAGAAGGCAUGAAAGGCAUGAAAGAAGUCAUACUGGAGAGGAACCUUCUGUAUAUACUCAAUAUGGUAAAGUCUUUGCAUAUGACAGUCAUCUUCAAAAGCAUGGAAGAACACAUACUGUAGAGAAACCCUAUGAAUGUAAUCAGUAUGGUAAAGCCUUUGCAUCUCACAGAAAUCUGCGAAUACAUAAAAGAACACAUACUGGAGAGAAACCCUAUGAAUGUAGUCAAUGUGGUAAAGCCUUUGUACAACAGGGUUAUCUUCAAAUGCAUGAAAGAAUACAAAGUGGAGAGAAACUCUAUGAAUGUAAUCAGUGUGGUAAAGCCUUUGUUUUUCGCAGUAGUCUCCAAAGACAUAAAAGAACACAUACUGGAGAGAAACCCUAUAAAUGUAAUCAAUGUGGUAAAGCAUUUGGAUAUCAGAGUUCUCUUCAAAUGCAUAAAAGAACACAUACUGGAGAGAAACCCUAUAACUGUAAUCAAUGUGGUGGAGCAUUCUCUACACAGAGUAGUUUCCAAUUACAUAGAAGGACCCAUACUAGAGAGAAACCCUAUGAAUGUAAUCAGUGUGGUAAAGCCUUUGAACAACAGGGUCAUCUUCAAAUGCAUUAAAGAACACAUACUGGAGAGAAACCCUAUAAAUGUAAUCAAUGUGGUAAAGCAUGUGGAUAUUAGAGUUCUCUUCAAAUGCAUGAAAGAACACAUACUGGAGAGAAACCCUAUCAAUGUAAUCUAUGUGGCAAAGCCUU